GUACGGAUCGAGGGCUCGGUGAAACGGCUGCCGGAGGAGGAAUCGGAGCGGUACUUCCACUCCCGCCCCAAAAGCAGCCAGAUCGGGGCUGUCGUCAGCCGGCAGAGACCCGCCAUUCCGGCCAGGGAGUAUUUAAGGAAGAAGAACGCGGAGCUGGAGGAGCGGUACAGGGAGACGACGGUGCCGAAGCCGGUGUACUGGGGGGGCUACAUCCUGCAGCCAGACGUCGUGGAGUUCUGGCAGGGCCAAACCAACCGCCUGCACGACCGCAUCGUCUUCCGACGCCUGCGGGAUGGCUCGGCCGCCCUGGGAGACAUGACGCACCGGGGAGAGGGCGAAUGGGUCUUCGAACGCUUCGCCCCAUGA